CUGACUAACGCAGUUACGCGGAACAGGCAUACUCUUAACCACGAAGAUAACGCUAUUCAUAUAUAAUAAUUUCCCCCAAUCAAAUGCAUUUUUGCAUACAUAACCUCCAAAAUCAAUCAUCUCGUCGGUGGAUCGCUAUCAAUUAACCCUCAAAAACCCUAAUUUCAUCAAUUUCCCAAUCAAAUGGGGGUACAGCAAUCCAAAGACGAGCUUUUGUAUCAACAAGUCAGUUAUGGCAACUCUGAAGGCAUCAAAAAGCUUCGCAGCGAAGGUGCUGGCCUUGAGUGGAUGGAUAAUGAAGGAAAGACUCCUUUGAUAUUGGCUUCUAUGAAUCCACAGUUAUAUGAUGUUGCGAAAACGUUGAUAGAAUUGGGUGCCAAUGUAAACACCUAUCGUCCAGGUCGUCAUGCCGGAUCUCCUCUGCAUCAUGCUGCAAAAAGAGGCCUUGAGCCGAUGGUUAAGCUACUCCUUGCUCAUGGUGCUAACGCGUUGGUGAUGAAUGAUGACUGUCAAACUGCACUUGAUGUUGCAAGAUUUAAGGGAUUUAGCAAUGUUGUCCGUGUACUUGAGAACCAUUUAUGCUUAUUCUCUGGUUGGCUGCAAGAGCUUUACGGGCCAGGAUUUCUUGAACUACUUGCUCCUCAGUUACUUUCUAGAAAAGUGUGGGUAGUUGUACUACCAUGUGGAGCUCGUAAACUUACAACGCCUUUCAAGUUAGAACUUGCCAUGUAUUCCAGCAUACAGGAUGCUAAACCUCGGGCACUGGUUGCUCUGUGGAAGGCGAACAUGGAUGAACCGAACUUUAACCAGCCUGAUCCUACGGUGGUCAUUACGUGUUCCAACAAAACACGCAUCAAACUUACACCAGUUAGCGAAAGUGAAAAGCCACAAUUGCAACGGUUUUGCAAUGCAUGCAAAGGAAUUCCUCAGGUUACGCAUUCUGCAUUUCCAUUCAACAACCAAGGCUCUGUUGUUGGACCACCUCAAACAACACCAGAGGACCCCGAGUUAGCUCUCGCUAUUACCGCCUCCCUACAAUCCAGCUCAGCAGUGGGACCCACGGCUCCCAACACCUACCACGGUUCUAGCUCAAGUACCCCUUCUGGUUCGACCAACCCCACCACCCAUAACAUCGACAAUAAUAAAAAAACGCAAUGUGCGAUCGAGGAUGUUGGAACAAGCAGCGCUCCAAUCAGUUAUCAUCCCCACUCAGAUACCAACACGUAUUCUCAAAUUGUCCCAACCGCACCUAUGAACAUCGAUGCACCGUCAGCACCACCGUUGCCAGACAUAGUGGAUGACGGUCCGGUUCACUACCCGUCAAUUGAUUCCACCGAUAUCGAUCUUUCCGAGAAGGAAAAUAAUAAUAAUAAUAAUAACAAUAAUAAUGAUUCCUCAUCAUGUGUUAUAUGUCUGGAUGCACCGGUUGAGGGGGCGUGCAUCCCAUGUGGUCACAUGGCUGGAUGCAUGACAUGUUUGAAUGAAAUCAAAAGCAAAAAUUGGGGUUGCCCUGUUUGUCGAACCAAGAUUGACCAAGUUAUACGGCUUUACGCUGUGUAAGGUUCUGAAGCUGGAUCAGAUCAACUGGACUUGUGUAGAUAUCUUAAGAGCUGGUAAAAAUAAUCAAUGGCUGCUGUGGAAGGAGUGGAAAAUUUUGAAGCUUAUUACAAAUAUUUCUGCAACUCCAAAUGUUAUGAAUACAUUGUGAUUUCACUGAUUUGAAUUGUUUGGAGCAAAUCUUUUUUUGCCCCUCCUGUCUUUAAAUGAAGUAAAUAUUGUAAAUUUGGUAUGCGGAUAUGACGAAUUCGGUAUUAAUACCUAAAUUGUGUUGUGUUUAUGUCUAUAUUGUCUUUGGAGUUG